AUGGCUGGCCCCUUAGAGUUACGUCAAAAACAAAGAGCAGUGAUUGAAUUUCGUGUUGCUGAGGAGGAAACCCCUGUGAACAUUCACCAACAAUUACAAAAUGUCUUUGAGGACAAUACUUUAGACUAUAGCAAUGUAUGCAGGUGGGUCCAUCGUCUGAAAGAUAGAAAGGUAGGUACUGUGAGUGUAGCCGAUAAACCCCAUUCUGGCCAUCCAUCUGCUUCUAUGAAUCCUGCUAAUAAAGCAAAAACAGAUGCUCUGAUCAGAGAAGACUCGAUCAGCAUAACUCUUGAUGAGUUGGCAGAAAACCUUGAAGUGAGCCAUGGAAGUGCUUACAACAUUGUCGAAUCACUUGGCUUUUCAAAAGUGUAUGUCCGUUGGGUACCGAGAGAGCUGAUUACCGAAUGCAAGACUGACAGGGUCAAUGUCUGCACUGAAGUUCUCAAACAAAGUCAAAGAAACAAUAUCCUUCUUUCGAAGGCUUGUACCAGGUGA